AUGGACUGGCGAACCAGUGCCUGGAUCACCAACAAACGCCAGGAGCAUCCGCCUCAACUACCCUCACUGCACCCGCAAGCUCACCAACCGUAUGGGCCUAUCAGGCCACAUGUGCGUCCACGAAAUCCUGCGGUAGACAGCCGCAGACUGCAUCACGUCACCACAUUCUCCCCCACGAACGCCCGCACCACCUGCGUUACACAACGUCAUCACCCACCACAAGCAUCCAAAUGCCACCUCCUGCGCAAUGGGAAGUGUACGUCUGGGCUCCGUCUCCACGAUGCUUUUUUGCCGUAUGUGUGAUUCGAGUCCGAGAAUAUCCCGGCACGUCAAGCGCCUUGGUUUGGAAGGCUGCCGAAUGACGCCUCAACUCAGCCCAUGCAGUCUGUCCAGUGUGUGUUUGUGUGGAGUGUUGGACUAGUGGGUUGAGAGCCGGGCUGAAACAGCUCCUUCCACGGCACCCUUACCCAUUUGAGAUAUACGUCGCUCAACCACCCUUGUGUGGAAUACUGGUGCUUGUGUUUCGGGGGCUAGGUAGUGCAUGUGGCAGACGCAGACAAGGUCAUUAAAUAUUUCAGCCACCGCGCCCAUUCUCCGCAUCUCUCAAAUGAUCGACUCGGAUAGUGGCUGGGGCCUGGGAAUGGAAAGGGAGAAUGUGGUCGACGACUCAGCGUAUUUUCCCCACUAUAAACAAACUGACGCGCUUGAAGCUAUCACGGUGCGCUAAAAACCGUGACUUUGAAGGUUGCCAAUUGACGGGAUGGCUUGUACCCCUCAGUCGGCCCAGUGAUGCGUGUUUGUGUGUGGAGUGGCCGGUUGGUGGUCUAAUAGUCAGGCUGCAACGGCUCCUUCUUAAUGUGGCUUUUAUGACACUCCCACUGAGUGGGAUCCGAGCCUGGUGUGGCGGCACGCCUAGGUUCGGCUUCGGCCGUGCCAGAUUCCACUCUUUUUUCGUUGGUUAGAACCUUGAUCAUUUGUUGUGUGGGUCACGGUGCGUGGAGUGGAGCGCCAAGUUGCGGGCUCGGCCGUGCAAUCCACCUGCGCCACCAACGCAUUCGGAUUUUAUUGACUAUGUCUUGACACCGGGUCCAGGUGGGAGUGGAGGAUGGAGUGCGGUAGAUGUUGCGCAAGUUUUCCAUUACUUUAAACUAAUUCACGCGCAAGUCACCGUCUCUGUCCUCACCUUGCUGUGGAGCACACGGUGGGCAUCGUCGGAUGCAACGGUCGAACUGUCGGCUUAGAAGCCUAACCACAAGAAAGCAGUGGAAAGCAAACUUUUUCAAUGGUGUUUCACGGUCGACAUGUCACAGAGCCGUUAUCAAGCUUUGCGGCUUUUUUAAACGUCUUUCAACGUACCAGACCUCAGCACUCCGCACGCUUUAGCACUGUAACUGCUGACCCUCUUAUUCCCAGCUAAUCUUAUCUGGAGGCCGUUCCACUAUCCGCCAACUGCGGACGAGCCGGGGUAGCCAGCAGCCAGGCUAACGGGCAAUCCGUCUUCCCGGUAGACGAUGAGCAUGAAAACUUAAUAGAAAAGUAUUUAACUUACCUGAUGUUAAUAACCUUGUGGCCUCCUUCAAGGUUGUAUUCCGCUGUGUGUCCCAGGUGUGUUUGUUUGAGAGCGACACAAGUUAGCCUGGACCGCCUGCGGAAUUGCAUGUCGCCCUUUCAGAAGUUUUUGAAGUUGGAGCUGGGGAGGAGGGGGGAUGCGAGAGGAAACAGAGUUGUCGGGUGUGGAGACAAACACAACACCGGAUUACUUCCCCUGAUUUACCCUUACCGAUUGAGGCAGCUACCGAAAUGCAGCCGCGAGGCAGACACUUGCUUCCGGGAUCCAUAUUUGAGAGUUCGGCAACAGUCAAUGAACGUAAGACGUAGUAACAACUUGUGCGAGAGGAAUGGUGCGGCCUAUUAUGAUAUUCACGUGGAACCCACAAAUGAACAGCCCUGCACCCCGACCAGAGAACCCAUCGUGCAGCAUAUUUAUAUUUUGCUCGGCGUGGGUAUGGAACUAUUUGUGCAUAAGGAAAACGGAUUUCGAACAUUUGUAGCGGUCUGUAAUCACUGUUUGGAUGUAUAAAGGCUGACAGAAAUUAAAAAUGCCAAGUCGGCAGCUGACUCAGAUAGUCGAAUGGUUUUGCUAAUAAAAACUAAGUGCAAAUACUAAACUUUUGGAUUCUGAACUCAUCCGUCCCUUUUGGCAAUCUCCUACAUCUUAACUUAAUACAGAACUCUUUUACCAAUGUUUCUGUUUGAUAUUUUUGGCGCCAUCAACCUCUGCCGAAUCGUUAGCGAGUUCGCUACGUUCUGAGAUAUGAUGUCCAUCGUUCCUCUGACUGCCUCGGAUGCCAAAUCUAUAGAAUUUUGGUGUACUGUAAAAUGAUGUUUCCUGCAUAAUGCUUUCAUUUUUGGACUGGUCAUUCUGCAGUUAUCCACUCUACACGUUGAGUCUUCAACCUGAAUAUCAUAAUUAACAAACUCUCUUUGACCACUAUUAUCUACGAUUUUUCUGUUGGAAACCUUCACCGUUCAGCACGGUUGCGUUUAAUCCCAGCCAAGAACCACCCGGAGACUGUUUGGUGCAAGAUAAAUAACGGCAGUUUUAUUCAACCAAUCGCAGUGUUCAUGAAAACAUUAAUUCUGUCGUGGAUAGAGUACGCUCGGAAGCAGAGCCAAAAAAACGAUAACUAACAUCACCAUCUAUUGAAGUUAUCGGGAAUUUAAACUGUGUAUUCAUGAAAAAGUCGAUGAGAAAUAUCAUUAAGGAAAGAAAAAUUAUCGGAAAUAAACUAGUAAGAUAUGAAAAUAAAAACAUUAAACUAGGAAGAAAUGCCUAAAAAUUCUAAUGUAAUUUUAAAAGGCUGAAAUUUGGGCGGGAUCCAUGAAUUGCAAUUUGUCCUGGCUCUACAGCCCUUGCGAGCCACCGCUGGGAUGAUUCAAGCCGUCCUUCUUGUCACCUGGCUCUUUUACACUUCGGCCUGUGUAAUUCCAUUUAUUUCAUAAUGUAAUUAGGAGGAACAUGUGAGCUCGUUAUCCUUCAAUAUUGAGCAUUCCUUUGAUGGAGGUAUGUCGUUUUCCACCCAUCCUCAUAACAGCACACCCGCUGAUAGCUAGUCUUUACAUUUAGACUGGAGUUACUUUUGUGGCUGGUUGACCCCUGACAGUAGUGUCUGUGAGCACAAUCUGCCCAGCAAUCCUUUCACGUAAUUGGUGUCGUAGGCGUCAAAAGCCCUCACCUAACAGGUAGAUGGCCCCAUGUACCGCUGACCGUCGUCCUUUCUGAAGUACUCGGCGGGAUGAGAAGUCGCUUAUGAUAAUAUCUACAAACGUACAGGAAAUAAGGCGAAUGAAGUGUGACCAUAUGGACGAACCUUCCAUCACAAUGACUACUUAGGAACUCCUCCCUUCAUUGCUCGCAAACCACUCACUAAGUUGACUGUGUGCUUGUAUGGUUCACGAGCACUGUUCGCACAGGCAAAAGAACAGUAAGUGGCCUUUAGGGCUUAAUAAACCUUAGUAGGGACGUCACAGAUUGUAAACCCGACGCCAACGCGAGUAGGUUGUUUAACGUUCUUGCUGUGGAUUCCUCGUUCACGUAGGGAUCUUAUCUCACUUACAGUCGGCUUGCAUAAUGCGUGUACAUCUGGUGACUUUCCGGUUCCGCAAUAAAUCCCUACCGUAAAUACGUUACCAAGGUAGCUUCCUUCCCUAAGGGCCUCCCAACUCUUCCUAAGAUAGGUCUUAGAUUUCCUAUAAACGGAGAGACCGUUAAUAGCCAAUCGAAUUUCUGGAUCGCUGCUAAUUGAACCAGUCUUACUUACAAGCCUGAGUAGUUGCCUUUUCAAGCAGACGUACACAUAUUCGCGGCUGCCCAUGGGAGUUACCUGCAGGUUAUACGCCGCUCUCAAGAGUGUUCUUGAAUCUACCGGAAGUUGGGCACAAUCGGCCUAAAAAUAGCCAAAAAAUCGUAUCUGAGCAUGCUCCAUGUUGUAUCGCAGGGCCCAUUCACAUAACUGUUAGAUGCAUGCGCCACCCGUGCCAGCGGUAAUGACCCCAUGGUUUUUCCCGUCCUCCAAGGCACUUAAGAGCGACAAUGCCUUUCUGUCCUCUUGUAUAGCGCACGUGCGCGUGCGCUAUCGUAAUGCGACUAAAGAUCGGCAAACAAUGAAAUGCCAGGUUGCAUAAGCGGAGUUGUCGGUUACGUGGUAGACAUGCAUAUCUCGACAAAUCGCUAUUCACGUAUAUCUACUCGAUAUCUAUUGAUUAACGUAUUCGGAUCAUGCCCUAAUCAGCCAGUAAGAUCAGUGCUUGCACGCAAACUUGCAAAUCUGAGAUGCUAGUGCAGGGUUGGACACAUGUUGUAAGGGCAGUGUUUUGUGUUUUUAUCUUAGAUCUCAUCUACUGUCAUUUUUGAUGGUUCGUAAUACAAGUUCACGGUAAUUGUACUGCCGAGGCAUACCAUUUCAUAGGUGUUUUUCUUCCGCAGUUUCCGAUUGAUCGGUCCACACAUCUUUUGCUACUCCAUAAACGAUCGCUUAUUCGCGUUAGGUCCCAUUGCACAGCGACAUAGCAUGGUGUUACCUGCCUUACUGGAACUAGUUGGGGAUAAUUUAAUUUUCCUUGGUUUCUUCACUAGCGUCAGCACACUUCUUCAUUCUCCACACAGGUAAAACCUUUUCGAAGAAAGGUACCCUAAUUGUUUCUCCUGCGAAACGGGAUGCGGCUUCUAUGACAGAUGAGCAGGCCUUGACCACAGAGGAUUUACGCGCACUCAAAGUACCAACAAUUCAUUGAUGUUUCACCGCUCUCAUUGAGGAACUUGUUGAUAAGGAUUCUUUGUAUAUUGUCCGACUACUUGAUAAGGAAUCAGUGGCGCAACUUAUGAGCUCCUGCCGAGCGGUACGCUGUUGUUCCUCUGACGUAUCUUCAGUGUCUCUUGUUCUCAUCAAAAGGCAGGCUCUCCCUGACAGUCAGCCUUGAUGCAUCUGCAUCGGCAGUUGCUAUUACCUUGGUGGCUGAGAAUCAGACCUGCAUGUCACUUCCACCGUCCCACGACCUGACCCUACAAACGGUCGCAUACGUCCAGCGCCCGUCACUUGGAACUGGGUAUGCUAUCUAGUCUUGCAUCGAUAUUUUUAGGCCCGAUACCUUGGAAUAUUUGAAGAAACUCGAGCGCCAACGUGAAGAAAAGCUUCGACAAGAGCAAAAUGACAAUCGGUCAUUCAUUGCAAAAUACGUAGGUUCUCUUCUUCCGGGAGCUAGUUAAGCCCAAGUUAAUCCUUGCAAUCAUAGCUCUUCCCCCCCCCACAGCAAAUUUCUAUAAUCUGUCUUUCAAAAUUAUUUUCUGAACUUAGUGUCUUAGCAUACGAAUAGGUCGCAUCCGUUGGUGGAAUUGAAUGUUGAUUUUCUUUAAUAAUGCGAAGUUAGUCUUUGUCUAGAAACUUAAACAGGCAUCCCAUGUUUCCGAAGACACUGAAUCUCGCCUUCUUCUUUACUUUAGUGGAUGUAUAUUGUGCCUGCUGUCUUCUUCUUCUUCAUCCUCAACUCUGUCGAUCCUAACUCCAACGAAAAUUCUGGGAGCAGCGGUCGCUAG